AUGAGAUAUGUCGCCCGCACAACAGUACGCAUGUUUCUGGAAGCAAAAGAUAAAAUGCUUGAUACAUCUACAAGGCAAACACGUGAUUGGACUGGUCUUAUUAGCCAAGUGAAAGAAGCAUUUCGCAAAGAUAGAUUGGCCUUUCCAUAUGAUGUGCCAUGUGGGAUAGAACGUGCAUUUAGUGUGUCCUGUUUCGUUCCCAUCUUUGAAUUUACCUGUAUCAACUGA